CAUACGACCCACACCUCAAGAAAACAAUCUCCUGGACACCAACAGAACCUCACCCUCUUUUGAACAUACUCCACUCCACUGACUGACCUUCGCCGGGCAAUGGCCACCCUUGUCAAGCACCUCAUCCUGUGCUCCAGCACCGCCGCAUCGUCCUCGGGUUCUCCCUCCCCAUCGAACCGUCGCCGCCCGCCGUCAUCGCCCGAAGCCGCCGACAUGCGCGCCAACGCGCCGCAGUCCGCCACGCGCCGGCUCGCCGUGGCCGCGUCCACGGCAAUGGUCGCCACGGCCGCGCUCUCCGCCCGUCGCCCCGCGGCGCCGCCCCCGGCCCUUGCUGCGGAGGCGGCCGUGGUGCCGACGCCGUCGCCGCCAGGGACCGUGCCGAGGUGGGGCACGAGGUCGUACGUGAGGGAGAGGUUCUUCGAGCCCGGCCUGACCUCGGAGGAGGCAGCCGCGCGCAUAAAGCAGACGGCGGAGGGGAUGCGGACUCUGCGGCCGAUGCUGGAGACCAUGUCGUGGAAGUACGUGCUGUUCUACGUGCGCCUCAAGUCCAAGUACCUGGACCUCGACCUGACCACCGCCAUGGCCGGCGUCCCCGAGCUGCGCCGCCCCGACUACGUCCGCGUCGCCAACGAGCUCGUCGACAACAUGACGGAGUUCGACCGGUUUGUGCGGACUCCCAAGGUGUACGAGUCGUACCUCUACUACGAGAAGACCCUCAAGUCGCUGGAUGACGUGGCUGAGUUCCUCGCAUGAUCUCGUAUAUACUGUGUCGGUAGGUCUAGGAAUGAUUUGCUGUCGAUACCUUCUCUGAAGCUCUAAGGUUCAGUCAUAGAAACGAAACAUGGUACAAUACACAUAUGAUUGCCAAGUUGCUUCAGCAAAUAUGUAUACUAGAUGCAACUUUUCGUACAAUUAAUACUACAUGGUAAUAUGAUACUCCAA